UAUCGAUUUUCGUUGUCACAAAAUGGCGCUGGGUGACUCGAGCGAAGUAUCAAAGGUCGUUACUUGCGUUAGAUAAAUGAUCUUUUUUGUAUUCUUAAUCAACAUUUCCAUGUUUACGCGCUUGAUGACGUCGUAUGCAACUGUGAUCUGAUCGCUGUACAUUCCGCCUCGGAUUCUUAACAAAGAGACAUGAAUGCCCACUAUGGAGGUGGUAGAAUUAUUUAAUAAGGUCAAUGAAAGCUUGGGAUCAUAUAUAUUCUCAAGAUGGAUUGGAAGAUUUAUAGAGGAAUAUCAGACAUCACGGACAAUUUUUAUAAUUGCUACAUCUCUACUACUUGCUCUACUAGUAGUUUCAAUCAUUGUGCUACGAAAAUGGAAGAACAAAGAAUUUUUACCAGAAGUAAAGGAAUUUGUUGGAGUGGGCACUGGAAAGCCAAGGUUCAGAAAGAGAGACAAAGUACUCUUUUAUGGAAGAAAGAUGUUGCGCAAAGUAAAAUCCAUUGGUGGCCAAGUUCAUGCCACUGGACAAGGAAAAAAGAGGAGAGCGGUCAUGAGAUUCGCUCGCCGUCUAUUGCAACUUAAAAAAGAAACUGCGCCGCAACAAUUAAAGGUAUUGGAACCACCUGCUGAAUAUCUGGAAGAAGAUUUAGGACCUGGCGAGAGAGUGCCACCAGAUGCUUUAUAUAUGCUGCAAAGCAUUAGAGUAUUUGGCCAUUUCGAAAAACCUGUAUUCCUAAAAUUAUGCAAAUACACGGAAAUCAUGAAUUUACCUGCUGGUAGUACGUUGUUCAAAAUCGGGGACCCUGAUGAGAAUUUGUUUAUAGUGCAACAAGGUUUAGUCAAUGUAUAUAUCACUGGACCCGAUGGCUCUCAGAUAUCGUUAAAGAUAGUAAAAACAGGCGAAUCGGUUACCAGUCUUCUUAGCUUUACUGAUGUACUUACCGGGCAUACGAGUACAUACAAGACUGUAUCAGCAAGAGCUGUAGAAGAUUCUAUUGUAGUGAAGUUACCGAUGAGCGCGUUUCAAGAAGUGUUUCAAGAUUAUCCUGACGCUUUUGUUCGAGUUAUCCAGGUCAUUAUGGUACGCUUGCAGAGAGUUACAUUUACAGCUUUGCAUCAAUAUCUCGGUCUUUCCGCGGAAUUAGUCAAUCAGGGAUCACACAAGAAGAAGCAGAGUCCGUUUUCCGGCUCGCCAGUAAGAUCGAGAACUAGAGACAAUUUUACUUUGCAAAAUCCUGAGAACAUGCCUGGCGCAGAAACGCACGAUUCAAACGACGUUUCGCAUCGCGACACACCUAAUUCAGGCAGUUCUCAACCUGUGCCUAUAGACAAGUCGACAAGUCGACGAGGAAAGGGCAAUGUCGAGUGGAAGAAUCAGAGCUUACCAUCAAAUCAGAAUUCGGCGGAUAUGGUGCCGGAAUGUGAUUCUCACUGGCCAACUUCAUCUCCCACAACAGCAUCUCAGUCUGCGCACGGAUCACAUCAAGAAGUCUCUCAUUCGGGAAGUACUUAUUCUAGCAAAAAGCGUCAAACCAUCGAAAUAGCACAGCAACAGCAAAUGGAUGAGGCGCAACUUAUACAGAUAGCUACUGAUGCGUUUGUUCGUGAACUCGGCAUAGAGGAUGAGACGGUGCUCAAAGACAAAGUCCAAAUUAGAGAAGUGCCAGCUGGUACUUAUCUGAUGAAGGAAGAAUCUCACAAGGACGUCGCACUUGUAUACGUGCUUUCGGGCUCGCUGAUAGUAAGCCAAAAAGUAUCGGAAAGCCGGGACGCAGGUCAAGAAGUGCAUAUGUUUAGCGCUCAUCAAGGUGAAAUUGUUGGUGGUUUAGCGGUGUUAACCGGCGAGCCAUCUUUUUAUACAAUCCGAGCAAAACAUCCAAGUCGCAUAGCGUUACUCAGUAAAUCGACGUUCUUUGCUAUCAUGCGAGAUCAACCUACGGUUGUUUUGCAUGUGGCACAUACUGUCGUUCGCAGACUGAGUCCAUUUGUGAGACAGGUGGAUUUUGCUCUUGACUGGUUGUUCCUUGAAAGCGGAAGAGCUGUUUACAGACAAGGAGAUGAGUCAGACUCGACGUUUAUCGUGUUAAGCGGACGAUUACGAUCGGUGAUUACUUACAAAAACGGUAAGAAGGAGCCGGUUGCAGAAUACGGAAAAGGUGACUUGGUAGGAAUUGUAGAAAUGGUAACACAGACUCCGAGAUCGACAACGGUUAUGGCAGUUCGGGAUUCUGAACUGGCAAAAUUGCCGGAAGGUUUAUUCAAUGUGAUCAAACUCAGGUAUCCGAUUGUUGUUACAAGACUGAUAAACCUUCUCGGUCAUCGCAUACUUGGCACCUGGCAGCAGCCGCAUACGAAAAACGGCAGCAAUGACACUCAACGAGCCGCAGCAACAGUUGAUGCCAGACCCGCACAAGUGAAUUUCUCAACUGUUGCUAUAGUGCCCGUGUCGGAUGACGUACCACUGACUGCCUUUACUUACGAAUUAUAUCAUUCUUUAUGCGCUAUCGGUUCUUGUCUACGUUUAACUUCGGAAGUUGUAAGAAAAACUUUAGGAACAACCAUUAUGGAGCCUGCGAAUGAAUACCGGCUGACUUCUUGGCUGGCACAACAGGAAGAUCAGCAUAGAAUUUCUUUGUAUCAGUGUGAUUCGAGUUACACGUUAUGGACUCAGCGAUGCGUGAGGCAGGCUGAUUGUAUUCUCAUCGUAGGCCUGGGCGACCGACCGCCGUCGAUUGGUCGAACGGAACGCGAAAUAGAACGUCUAGUAAUGCGAACACAGAAAGAACUCGUGUUGCUGCACAAGGAACAGAAUGGCCAGCGACCUACAAAUACCGUUCAGUGGCUGAAUAUGAGAUCAUGGGUGUCUAGCCAUCAUCACAUUCAAUGUCCGAAACGAAUGUUCACAAGAAGAUCGCAAUAUAGAAUUAACGAGUUGUACUCCAAAGUGCUCAUGUCCGAGCCAAACGUACACAGCGAUUUUAGUAGACUUGCACGAUGGUUAACCGGAACUUCGGUCGGCCUCGUAUUGGGCGGUGGCGGUGCGAGAGGCGCUGCUCACGUCGGCAUGCUUAAGGCCAUCAUUGAGGCAGGUAUACCUAUAGAUAUGGUUGGAGGCGUCAGCAUUGGCGCCUUUAUGGGCGCGUUGUGGUGUAUGGAGAAGAACAUCACCACUACUACACAGAAGGCUAGGGAAUGGUCCAAGAAAAUGACGCAAUGGUGGCGACAGAUUUUGGAUUUGACUUAUCCGAUGACUUCAAUGUUCUCUGGCAAAGAUUUUAAUAAAACGAUACAACAAACUUUCGGCGAUACGUACAUAGAAGACCUGUGGCUCCCAUAUUUCACUAUAACCACAGACAUCACGGACUCUUGCAUGCGCACGCAUAGACACGGUUUACUAUGGAGAUACGUACGAAGCAGUAUGACUAUUGCGGGUGUCUUUCCACCGAUUUGCGAUCCCAUUGAUGGGCAUCUUUUGGUCGACGGGUGUUAUGUUAAUAAUGUACCAGCUGACGAAAUGUUGCGGCAAGGAGCACAUCACAUUUUGGCCAUCGACGUUGGAUCACAGGACGAUACUGAUUUAACAAAUUACGGAGACUCGCUAUCUGGUUGGUGGUUACUAUGGAAACGAUGGAAUCCAUUUGCUACACCUGUAAAAGUGCCAAAUUUGCCGGAUAUUCAAUCCAGAUUGGCCUACGUGAGCUGCGUGCGUCAGUUGGAGGAGGUGAAGAAUUCGGAUUACUGCGAAUACAUCAGGCCACCUAUUGAUAAAUACAAGACUCUACAAUUUGCCAAUUUUGACGAGAUCAAAGACGUAGGAUAUCAACAUGGAAAAACGUAUUUCGAAGAUCAGUCAAAAGCAGGAGUUCUGCCUCGAUUCAACGCGGAUCGAGAGAAUGCCAGAGCUAUGCGAGCAAAGCAUCAAGCCGCUAAUCAACAGUCACCCUCUUCGUACACUUUCACCGAUCUCGCGCAGAUGGUGUGUAAAGUUUCGCGCGGUAACAAAUACAUUGAUCUCGACUUAGAUUCGGACUCGGACGAGCUGGAAGAGUACGAAGCGGAUCUAGAAGAAGAUGCACAGGAAGUAGGAUACGCGUCCGAACCUACUGCCGGUAUUUUAGAUCAGAGUCCUGAAGAGAAUCGUUUGAGACGAAGAACUGGCGUUUCACUUAGUCUCUCUGACACCGAAGCGGAAUCCGAGUUAGAAUACCAUCCAAAGAUGUUUUAAGUACUUGGUUAGGUAUCAUCAUGUAUCACUUGCGUUAUAUUGUACGCAAAUUAUAUUAUACGCUACGUAACUCGCCCAAUUUCAGCACAAAUUCAUAUUUUCUCGCAAAUAUAUAACUUUACAAUCGGGUACAACCGUAUUGCGAGCAAUCGAUUUUUAUCCAAGUACAAACAUAAUAAAAAAACAAAGAUAAUUACAAACAUGUAAUCAUCGCGUGCGAAGCGUCGCUCUGAAAAACUACGUCACAAUAUGAUGCGUACAUUGUUCUUGUAUCAUUGUUAUCAUUAUUAAAUGUAUUAUAUAUAUAAAAUAUAGUUUUACGAUUUCUAAAAAAAACCAACUCUUAUUUUAAUCUCUUCUCACACUCCCCAUCUCUCAUAUUAAUUAUUUUGUAUUGCUCACAGUAAAGUUACUUCCGACUUAUAUAGAUUUAACAAAUAGAGUUAUAUAUAUUUCUUACUUUUACCUUAGUUUACCUUAGUUUUUUUUAAUUAUUUAUUUUUCCAGAUAAUAUUCUAAAAGCUUGUUUUUUUCAGACAAUAUAUUAGGGAAAGAGAAGAACAAGACUUAAGAGAUUCAUAUUUUUCUAAAUUACAAUUUAUAUAAUAAA